ACGUCGUGCAACGGGACUGCUGCGGGAUCCUGGUGGAGCAUCCCAGACCAGAGUAUGAAACCAAACUGCUGCAGAAAAAGCUGAAAAACAAAAACAUGAAAAUAGAAAAUACAAAUGAAGAUGGAGAAGACAAAUUGACUUGGAAUGACCGUAUGCCUGGAUAUGCAGCAAAUUUUGGAUUGAUGUUAUUUAUGAAUUGCUAUCAUAAAGUAGAACUUCUGCAGGACCUCCUUCCCUGGCUUCACAUACAUGUAGGUCCUUCAUUCCAAACCACCAGAACCUAUUGGCAGAUUACACUGACAUUUUCUGCAGUAUUUGGUGUGAUCGUAUACCGCAUUACUACAUCAGCAGCUUUGUUAUUCAGCACAAGUGAGACAACCAGGUCAAAUGUUCGAGUGACUGUAACUGCCACUGCUGUCAUCAUUAAUCUCAUUGUCAUACUUAUACUUGAUGAAAUUUAUGGAGCUGUUGCCAAAUGGCUGACAGAAAUUGAGAUGCCAAAAACAGAGAAAACUUUUGAGGAGAGACUGAUUUUGAAGGCAUUCCUGCUGAAGUUUGUGAAUUCAUAUGCACCAAUUUUUUAUGUUGCCUUUUUUAAAGGAAGAUUUGUUGGCCGUCCUGGUCAUUAUGUGUAUGUGUUUGAUGGUUACCGAAUGGAAGAAUGUGCUCCAGGAGGCUGUUUGAUGGAACUCUGUAUUCAGCUCAGCAUCAUUAUGCUUGGAAAACAAUUGAUUCAAAACAAUCUGUUUGAAAUUGGAAUCCCGUGCGUAUCCCAGCCUUAUCUGUUACCACACUUUAUUUGUAUGACACAGUAAAUUACAGGCUUGAUCUUUAUUCAGCUGAGUGGGUGUUUUACCACUGACUUCAGUGGUUUCUAAUAGAAUGUGAUGUUAAAUCAUAUUUUUGGUUGUGAUGGAAUGACUGUAUUUUAUGUUGAAUGAUUGGCUGUAUUUGCAGUAAAUGUCUGAAAGAAAAUGAUUGAAUAUACUAAAUAAUUUAUCUAAAUUCAUUUUAGAAACCUGGGAAAACAGAGAAGGCAUGAUAGAUGACUUGUAAGUUUUUAGAGAAGCUUUCAGGGAAGCAGUACUGAAUACAAAUUAGUAUAAGGUAGAGGAGAAAUGGUCUGGGAGAAAAGCAAGUUUCUAAAAGAUGUUAAAAUAUAUUACUUGAUCUAUAACUGUUUUAAAGGUUUACAUAUGAAGUUCACACACUUCUAAUUUGCCUCUAUGUCCCUGUGAAUGACAGAGGAGGCAGAGAAUAUGGGAGAUAAUGCUGUGCUGUUCAGCAGCUGACUAAAACAGGGUGCUCCCUGCACAGUGUCCUGUGCUCCAAACACAAUGUGAAAUCUCUCUUUGUGUGUUUACAGUGCCAAGGGGAUCUUCAGCUAGGAAAAUCCACUGAGAAUGUCCUGCUCCUGCCUCUUAAGAGCUUUUGUUUCUGUUAAGUGAAUCAUCCCUACUGAGGGCAGUGCUCUGUGAAUUGUAUUAGGUGAAGAGUCUGGCUUAGGUGCAUGCCUCAGCCCCAGUGAAGUUAGUUAGAACAUUUUCACUAGUUUACAAAGUUACUGAAUCACUGAAGGCAUUGAUGAUACUAAUGAGACACCAAAAUGAGUGAUGCUUAGAAGAUUAUGAACUAAUUAAAAAGAGAGCCCUUUACCCUCCCUUUCCUGUCAAAAUAGUUUAACAGUAAUUUAAAUGUAGAGAAAAACUUCCCAAACAAAUCAAAUAUGGAUUAUGGAUGGUUUAAUUAUUCUUGCAUCAAAGUUCACAAGGAAGGCCUGUUUUCUGUAUAGAUCUCAUUGAGUUCGUGGUUUAUUUUGAGAAAAGGUUGGCAAGUUGUUCCCAAAAUAUCUGACAUGUUGAAGGCUUAAAAAUUCCUCAGUGUAAACCUGGUGUGAUGUUUUUUCCCCAAAAAACUUACUGACUGGACUUUUCUAAUGAGAAUUUUAUGAUCUUAAAAAUACUGUGUUUAUUAUCUUUGAUCAGUCAAAACAGAAUACUACUGUCAAAUUGUUUCUCAGUUCCAAGACUACAUCUGUUAGUGGAAAUUUCAUCCAAUUUUUCUGUUUUCUGCUUUCUGACUCUGCUGACACCAUAUAGUGACCUCAUUUUUUAAAACGGAGUAGGAGUUUAAAAAACAGUCAUACUUUCAUCCUCUCCUUCCCAGCUAAAUACUUCAUAUCAGUCACAAUAGUACCUUGGCGUCAUGAAAUAAACACAUAUGGUUUUCCUUUGCUGCUCUGUAUUCUCAUGCAAACCAAGAAAGU